UUAUAUCGGCGGAUCUCGAAACGUUUUCAAUAUACUUACUACCACUACAUCGCAAUAGUUCAAGCAAUAUGUUUCGAAUUCUAAGUUAUAUUUCAGCGUUAAUUGUUUUUGCGGAAUGCACUAUACCCCCUUUCAUAAAGGUGUGUAAAAAGAAUGACCCCAAUAUAGCCAAGUGCAUCACGGAUUCAAUUAUAUACCUGCGACCAAAAUUAAAAUCUGGUAUACCCGAAAUCAACGUUCCCGCCAUAGAACCUCUAUAUUUAGAUGAGGUCAACAUUAGGAAUGGUCCAGAUCAAGCGAAAUUCAGCGUCGAUAUAAUCGAUGCCAAAGUUUGGGGACCAUCAAGUUACGAAAUUUAUGAUCUCAAUGUAGAUAUUCCUAACAAUCAUUUCCAAGCCAGAUGCGGCGUUCCACAUAUUUAUUUCGAAGGCAAAUACAAAAUCGACAUCAACGUACUUGUUUUAACUUACAAGGGCACGGGAUUUAUCAGUGGAAACUUUUCGAAUUACAAAUUCACGUGCGACAUGCAAGGAGAACUGCACAAGAAAAACGGUGCGGAAUAUUUGCAGUUUCCCAGGAUCCUGAUCAACCUGAAACCUGGAGGAAUACAUCUUCAACUGACUGGAGAUGAAGGGGACGACACGAUAACUAGAGGCAUCAACCAGGUGAUUAGGGAGAACAGCGACAUGAUUAGCGGACAGAUAGUUGGUCCGGUAACCAACGCCUUGGAAAAUAUUUUCACCGAGGUGGGAAACAACAUAGCCGGAUCGUUUCCCUACAGCGAAUUGUUUCCCGAAAAUAUUAUGUGUACGUUACCAUUUUCUGUGAUCGUUUUAGUGUUUCUUGCAACUGAAGAUGUGGCUAGCCAAAACCCAUUCUAUUACAUAAAGCAGUGCCACAAGGAAGACCCGAACGUCAACAUUUGCCUUAAACAAGCUACCAAUCACCUAAUAGCUAACAUCAACAGAGGAAUUCCGGAAUUGCGUCUGAGCGAACCAGAACCUAUUCUGAUCGAUCAAAUCCAACUAGCUUUAGGCAGCGGACCUGAUGGUUAUAAGGCAACGUUCAGGAACAUAGAAGCGUAUGGAGUUAGCAACUGCACAGUAACCGCAGUCAGGUCGGACAUAGAUACAAACCAGUUUCAAUUCACCCUGUAUAUACCGAAAAUUUCAGCAACUGCCAAGUAUGAAUCAAGUGGAACGCUUAUAUUGAUACAGGCCUCUGGCGGAGGAAACUAUUGGGGAGAAUACGACGGCGUCAAAGUGAAAGUAUACUUGAAAGGAGCCAGGGUCCCAGCAGACGAUGAUCUUACCUACCUUCAACUUCAACAGAUGAAAAUGGACUUUAGUGUAAAAAAUAUCAAAAUGGGGGUCGACGGAAUACAUAAAGGCAACAGCGUUUUGCAAGCCGCGUUAAACCUUUUCAUAAACUCGAAUUCCCAAGAACUGUUGAAGGAAAUGAAACCGCACCUCAAAAAGAAGCUGCUGGCCAUAAUGAGAGAUUUCGUGGGAAAUGUCCUAUCUGAAGUACCUUAUGAAGCUUUUAUCGCUGAAGGCCACUGAUGCGGGAUUAGUUUAAUUAAA